AUGACCAAAGUCGACGUCCUCAUCUGCGGUAGCGGUUCCGCCGGCCUCUGCGCCGCGACAUGGCUCUCCCGGUAUGGCCUCACGUGCAAGAUACUAGAACGUCGCGAUGGCCCCAUGAAACUCGGCCAGGCGGACGGUGUCCAGUGCCGGACUGUCGAGAUCUUCGAGAGUUUCGGGAUCGGGGAGGAACUGCUGCGCGAGUCGUACCAUGUGCUCGAGGUCGUGUUUUGGGCGGACACGGAGGGUUCGAGUAGUAUUCGACGGACGGGCAGGACGGCUGAUACGCAGCCCGGGUUGUCGCAUCAGCCUCAUGUUAUUCUGAACCAGGCGCGGAUUAACAUGUUGCUGAUUGAGUUGAUGCAGAAGUGGAACGGGCAGGAGAUUGACUACGGGUAUAAUGUCCAGGAUGUCCAGGUGGAUAGUGCACUGACUGCUGAUCCGGAUGCGUAUCCGGUCAAUGUUACUGCGGAGAAGGAUGGGAAGACAGUGAAGUUUGAGGCGAAAUAUGUUAUGGCCUGCGACGGUGCACACAGCAUCGUCCGCAAAGCACUCGGAUACACCAUGAUCGGUGACAGCAGCGACGCCGUCUGGGGUGUAAUGGACAUGGUCCCUCGAACCGACUUCCCUGACAUCCGCAAGAAAGCCACUAUCCGAACCAACGCUGGCAACCUGUUGAUCAUCCCCCGCGAAGGAGAGAGUAACAACCUGACCCGCUUCUACAUCGAACUUCCUGCCGGGACCAAUGCCAAGGAAGUCAAGCUGGAGGACCUGCAAAAGACAGCGCAGAACAUCCUCAAUCCGUACAAGGUCGAAUUCGCCGAGACGGUGUGGUGGUCGGCGUAUGCCAUUGGCCAGCGCCACGCGGACAACUUCCAAAAGGACCAGCGCGUUUUCCUUGCCGGUGAUGCAUGCCACACGCACUCGCCCAAGGCCGGCCAGGGCAUGAACGUCAGUCUGCAAGAUGGCUACAACAUGGGCUGGAAACUGGCCUCUGUGUUGACAGGACUGGCCAAGCCAUCUCUGCUGGAGACCUACGUGCUGGAAAGACAAAAGGUAGCUAUCGAUUUGAUCAACUUCGACCGGUACUUCUCCAAGCUUUUCUCGUCCGGACCAGGGACUUCGCCGGCUGAGUUCCAAGAGGGCUUUGUCCAGUCUGGAAAGUACACGGCUGGACUUACGGCGAAAUAUGAUCAGUCGCCUAUUACCUCUGCUGUUGAUGAGUCGGGGCGGUUGGCUUCGAAUGUUACUGUUGGAAUGAGACUGCCUAGCGCUCAGGUUGUUCGGUACUGUGACUCGCAGCCAAUGCAGCUGGCCAAGUCUUUGAAGUCAGAUGGUCGCUGGCGAGUCAUGGCUUUUACUGGUGAUCUUACAGUUUCAAAGAACCAGAAACGGUUGAAUGCGCUGGGAGACUACCUCAGCUCCAACGAAGGACCCGUCAAGACCUUCACGCCCUCUGGCUCUGACGCCGACAGCAUCAUCGAAACAAUCCUCGUCGGCCACGGCAAGCGCCAUGCCAUCGAACUGGAACAGAUCUCUGAGUGUUUCUACCCCUCGACCGGCAAGAACCAAGUCAAAGACUUACACAAAAUCUUCUUCGACGACGAAAGCUACAACCAAGGCCACGGACACGCCUAUGAAUUCCUGGGCAUUAGUCCUGACGAGGGAGCUCUCAUCAUUGUUCGUCCGGAUCAAUAUGUAUCCGCGGUCAUGGGUCUGGAUGAUUAUGAGGAGAUUGGAAAGUUCUUUGGAGGAUUCAUGCUUCCGCAGGAGAAGGAUUUGCCUGGGAGUAAGUUGUAG